AUGACUGACGCCGUCACUGAUGACAUCGUUGCUGAAACAGCCUCUCUUGACCAGAGUGAAAGCAGCCUCAAGAGGCCUAGCCCUCAUGAUGAAGACGAGAAUCUAGAUAGCCAGGGAGAGUGGCAAACCGUCACCAGACCCAAGAAGAAGGCGAAGAAGUCCAUGCUCAGCCUUAAUAACCUGCGCGACCUUAUCACCUACAUAUUUGCCGAUGGUACCGGUCCCCAGUGGAUCUCAGUCACUCAUCGGCCGCAGUUCAGAAAGAUUGUGGCCAUCAUGGUGCCUGGUCUUGAGGAGGCCCUCUUCAAGGCAGACGUUGACUACGCAAGUUUCAAUGACCUCCGAGAUGCAAAUGUGGAUGGAGGCAGCCAGGGAAGCGCAGAUAAAGACGCUCAUCCUUAUGGCUCCCCAGACGCAUAUUAUCCGCGCAAACUCGACAAGGAUGCGCUGCCAGAGCCGCUGAAGCCAUUUGCCGAUAUGUUCCCCCAUCUCUGGCCCGUCAAAACACCUGGCGACGAUAAACAUGGGAAAAUGCAUUCGCCUUUGGCCGCCUUCCUUACUGCCCCGGCACCAAAGGAGAAGACUUCACAAAAAGGAGGCGUGAAGCCCGCGAGAGAGCCCCAUGGAUGGAAGAACGAGAGGACGCGCAUCACAGAGUUCCUAGCUUCUGCUGAUGAACUAACGGACAACGGCUACGUCAUUCAUCCGGCUCUCCUUCCAGAAGGGCCACGACGAGACAACUUUGUAGCCCCAGAAGGAUAUGUCAUCACAAGAGUAGACAAGCUUGAGGAUGGCGAUGUUCCUGAGGUCGAAAUCGAACAGGGCAGCAUCACGGCUGGCAGAGAGAUCUUGGCGGUUGAUUGCGAAAUGUGCAUGACGGGCGAGACCGAAUUUUCGUUGACUCGCAUUAGUCUCAUCGACUGGGACGGAAAUGUUGUGCUGGAUGAGCUUGUGAAACCCGACAAGCCCAUCAUCGACUACGUUACGCGGUUUUCCGGCAUCACGGAGGAGAUGCUGGCACCCGUGACAACUACGCUCCAUGACAUACAGGAGAAGCUCCUUGAAAUUCUCACUCCGCGCACUAUUCUAGUGGGCCACUCCCUCGAAUCCGACACCAAGGCAUUACGGAUUGCUCAUCCUUUCAUCGUUGACACUUCCAUUAUAUACCCUCAUCCUCGCGGCCCUCCACUAAAGUCGUCGCUCAAAUGGCUCGCUCAAAAGUAUCUGUCUCGAGAAAUCCAAAAAGGAGACGUUCUGGGCCAUAACAGCAUCGAAGACGCCAAAACUUGCCUUGACCUCGUGAAGCAGAAACUCGCACGCGCCGGAACAGCUUAUAAAGCUCAGGGAGGAGACGCUGCUCUCGGCGGCGUCGAGGUUGGCAAAACCAGUGCUGCCGUUGAUUGGGGUGACCCUUCCAAGGGUCUCGGAGCGGGAGCCACGCACAAGCUCGGGUGCAGGACCGACGAGGACGUGACGACAAACAUCAUCCGAGCCGUCCUCGGUGAUGAAGACGGUGCGGUCAUCCGGGGCGGCGGAGUGGACUUUGUCUGGGGCCGAAUGCGUGAGCUGGAAGCCCUGCAGGGAUGGUGGAACAAGAAUGCCCCCGAAAGGGACGCGGACGCCGCGUCUGAAGCCGUCGGGGUUGAUGUUCCAUCCGAGGGCUCCUCUCCUCUAGAGCAGGCCCUCGUCCGGCUCACGGAGCGCCUCGUUCGCAUCCACGAGGCUCUUCCGCCUUGCACCGCCUUUAUCAUCUACAGUGGCUCUGGUGACCCGCGCAGGAUGGCCCAGCUUCAGCAUAUGCAUGCUCAGUGGCGCAAGGAGUACAACACGCCUGGCAAGAAGUGGGAUGAACUGAGCGUCAAGUGGACUGAUGUGGAGGAACAGGCGUUGAAGCGGGCCGUUCAGAAGGCGCGGUCAGGAGUUGGUUUUUUGAACGUUAAAUAG